AUGUCUGGUGGUUUCGGUGAUGGUGUUGGAAAAGGAGGCGGCAGUGGUGGUUCUAUCCGUGAUGCUGGUGGUGCAUUCGGAAAAAUGGAAGCAGCUCGAGAGGACGAGUACUUUUACAAGAAGCAAAAGGAACAACUUGAAGAACUGAGAGCACAUUUACAGCAGGAAAUUGAGCACCACGAAAAGCAAGUCGAGAAUCACAAAGCAAUCCUCGAAAGACAUCGCCAACGUGUAAAAGAAGUUGAAGAAUCUCAGAAGAAAGCUUUGUAA